CAUCUUGCAGGAAAAGUGUCUUUGAUGUGAAUGACAACGUGAUAAAAUGGGCAAAUUGACGGAGUCAUCCGAUCUAACGAAAGUAAUAUUAAUUGGAGAUGUGAACGACACUUUACUCGAGUCACUCUUAGAGAAAGAAAAUUCCAUGUUGCAACAGAAGAAUGAACUGCUGUUGGACACGAAAUACUACGUGGCCCGCUUGAAGUUAGUAUCGCUGAAGACGGUUGAAAAAAUUAAUGAAUGGAAAGCUUCGACACUGAACAUAAACGUUGGCGCUGUCGUAUACUACUACGAUGGGGAAUUUCGUUCCAUCGAACAGUUGAAACGACAAAUGUCCACAUGGAGGGCGGAAAUUCAAGUUACUGUUUGUAAACGUUUAGAACGUUCGAUGGAUUGGUCGGAAAAUUUGUAUCGUUUCUGUGCUGGUGAACAGAUUGAGCUGGUGGAACUUGACCCAGAUGCUGAAACAAUAGAAGAGCUAAAUGAGUGCCGCGAACUUUAUGGAAUACCUCGUAUAUGGCAGGUCUUAGAAGCUGGAAAUUGGCGUGGUAAAAUAAUGAAAAUGAAUCCGCUUGAGUCGAAUGAACAACGAGAUUUUGGGAAAAUUGGUCUCCCGAAUACUAGUCUUGUCAAAAAAUCUUCCGAAGAUUCUUUUGAUGGUGAAGAGUUUAUAUCAGAGGAUUACGAUAUGACAGAUGAAGACAAAGAAGUGAUACUGAAGCUAUUUGGAGGGCCAAAAGUGUCAUUCAGUAGUCUGAUGAAGGAUGUAGAUGUUCCAGAUCCUGCAGUUACUGAGCACUUCAGGCAGGAAGCGGAAAAGUUGAAACGAGAAAACAAAUUAACUGCCAGCAAGAGGAAAAAAAGAAGAAGUCAAAAGUUACGACUGCGAAUGAAUUUGGUGAAUUUGUUUGUGCAAGCAGUUCGGCACAAAUUUCAAAUAAUAUUUUGACGCAAAACUCAUCAAAUGUGGACUCAUCGAACAAUGAACACGUAGAUGUUGAUAUAAGUGCGCACGAAAAGCAGGAAUCGAGUGGUGGUAAUUGCAAAGAUUAUCCAAUAAAUUCCAAGAAAAAUUCAUACGACUUAAGUAGUGUUUCGCGAUCAUUAAUCGAUGAAUUACUUGACAGAAGUACCGAUGAACAGGGCACAAACUUGGUCAAUAAAAUUCAUGCAGCACGAUCAGCAUUACUCAAAAUGCCGUUUGGUCCAGAAAGACAGAAUUUGGCAGCUGAUACGAUGGUUGCGGUAAUGAAAUCAAUUGGAGAUACUGAUCUUUUUAAUAGUUCUUCGGAUGAUGAACCGCGUACCUAGGAUACCUGGGCCUUUGCAUAACUAAUCCACUCAUUUCACUUAAUUUUCCUGUGCAUUUUUUUGCGUUGGUUAUUUUUUAUAACUGAAUUAACUAAUUCUUA